CCCGUUAUGGCCGACCCGCGCUUGAGGCAGAUCAAGAUCAAGACCGGCGUUGUGAGGCGAUUGGCAAAAGAAAAAGUUAUGUAUGAAAAAGAAGCAAAACAGCAAGAAGAAAAGAUUGAAAAAAUGAAAGCUGAAGCAUGUGAUGAUUAUGGAAUUAAGAAGCAGACUGAGCUCUUACAAGAGUCACGAAUGAUGAUUCCAGACUGCCAGCGCAGAUUAGAAGUUGCAUAUGCAGAUCUUACUCAACUACUAGAAAAUGAAAAAGAAUUGGAAGAAGCCGAAGAGUAUAAAGAAGCACAUUCCAUACUAGAGUCAGUGAAGCUGGAAGCCUAG